AUGCUAAAUAUUGGUAUGCUUCAGGAAGGUCAUACUCCAUUAAGGAGAUCGUGUCUGACCACCUUUUUCAAAUGGUAUCGGGAGAGCUACUUCGAUAAGAAGACAAAGCGUUGGAUGGCAGGAGCCUUGGAUGCAGAUCAUCUGCUCCACAAUGGGAAAGGCGUAAAGAAGAGAAAGAAGAUUGAUGAACAGGAUGACAUUGUGGAAAUUUCUAUUGAAUCUGAGCAACCAACGCCGAAAACAGAGGAUGUUAAAUCUGCUUUUUCCCCCGCCUUUGACAAAACGGGUGGAAUUGAUGGAGAACAAUCAAAUUCUGCUCAAGAAAAUACUACCAGUGACCAACCUUCUACAUCCGGAUCAGAGUCAGUCAAAAAGGAGGGUUGCGCCUCAUUCGUAGAUGAAGCCAUGGAAGAUGAACUCCUUGAUGAUUCUCCUCAUGUUAAUGACUUUUGCAAUGGAGUGUCAGCAGAAGAUCUACUCCACAUGGAGGAUGCCUUUGAAGAUGGCAAAGAAGAAGAAUGUCCUGUCGCGGAAUUCGAAGAUCUCACUGAAGCGAAAACUGAAGUGAAGGAGAAAUCGGAGGAUUUAGCUAGGUAG